AUGAAGAACCAAAUCAGCAACGCUUUCUCCGACUUCUUCUUUGAGUACGAGACCGCGCGCCAGGUGCUGGUGAGGAACAGGAGGGUGGGAGUGGUGUGUCGACUGAUCCAGCUGGGGGUCCUGGCUUACAUCAUUGGGUGGGUGUUCAUCUACGAGAAAGGCUACCAGUCCACGGACACGGCGGUCAGCUCCGUCUUCACCAAGAUGAAAGGAGUGGGCUACACCAACGUGGACGGGAACGAGAGAGUCUGGGACGUGGCCGACUACGUCUUCCCUCCGCAGGGAGACUCGUCGUUUGUAGUCAUGACAAACUACAUAAUAACCGAAGGCCAGAUGAUGGGAAAAUGUCCAGAGCUCCCCGGCAAGCACCACUGCAAGUCAGACGCAGACUGCGAAGAAGGGACAUUCAAACGUGCGGGUCAUGGACACAUGACAGGAGUGUGUGUGAAUGACACUCGGACCUGUGAGCUCUUGACUUGGUGCCCCAUUGAAGAUGACCGCAAUAUACCAGACCCCCCUCUGUUAAUAUCGGCAGAGAACUACACACUGUUCAUCAAGAACUCUGUUACCUUUCCACUGUUUGGAGUGACCAGGAGUAACUUGGUGGAGAGUGUCGAUGCAAGUUAUAUUGGAAAAUGCCUCCACGAUGCAGACAACGCUCCGCUAUGUCCCAUAUUCAGACUGGGGGACAUCGUCAGGCUGUCUGGCUUCAACUUUGACACAAUAGCCAGAGUGGGAGGGGCUAUUGGUAUUGUUGUCGACUGGACGUGCAACCUGGACCUAGAUGUAAAACACUGUAAACCAAAGUACAACUUCCACGGCCUCUAUGGAAACCCUGGUGAGAUGGACAAAGCCAGAGCUUCAGUAGGCUACAACUUCAGAUAUGCAAGGCACUACAUGGAGGACAAGCAGCAGAAAAGAACGCUUCUCAAAGUGUUUGGCAUCAGGAUAGAAAUCAUUGUGCAGUCGCUGGCGAGAAAGUUUGAUAUCAUCCCAACACUGACGGCUAUAGGCUCUGGUGUGGGCAUUUUCGGAGUGGCAACUGUGGUGUGUGACUUGGUGCUGCUCUAUUUGCUACCAAAGAGGAAUUUUUACAAGAAUAUGAAGUUCAAAUACACAGACGUACAAGCGCAGGACCAUGAUUCGGAAGCAUGCAGCACAGAAAAGGAAUCCAAAGUACCAACACGGCAUGUCAAUAUACCACUGGAAAGAUGUCAGAACAGGUCCUAA